UUCUGCAGUAGUUGAACAGUAAUACACCAUUUCACAUAAUAAUGCCAAUAUCUUCCAUAGGAACACACGAAAAAAAUCAAAUAUCAAAUUGCCCCUUCAAUUAAAUGGCUUUCAUUUUCCAUCUCACUGGGUCUGGGCUUCCAUUGAUGUAACUUGGAACAUACUCAAUCUUUCUUUCUGUGUAUAUAUACGGAACUGAGAUUCCCCAAAAAGAAAAAGAAAAAGCAAAGGAGGAUUCAGAGGAAGAUAUUAAAGAGACAUAUUAAAGAAUCUUACUUUUUGGUUUUUCUAUGGCUGAUAUAAUGGGAUUUUCUCUGAACUCUUUACGCUUCUCUUCUUCUUCUGCUUCAAAUUCUUCAUUGUUAACCUCAUUCUCUUCAUCUUUGAAUUCUAUUCAAACAUCAAAUCAAAAGUUGCAUAAAAGGGCUGUCUCCCUUUCUGAUUCUCCUUCUACUUCUGUCGAUUUCGUUUCCGGAAUUACCUUAAGGCCCAACAAGCGAUUUCCUGCUGUUAAGGUACAUGCUACUGUUACUCGAACUGAGGAACCAAAAUGGUGGGAGCGAAAUGCAGGGCCUAACAUGGUUGACAUUCAUUCUACAAAAGAAUUCUUGGAUGCUCUUAGUCAGGCUGGAGAAAGACUUGUUAUUGUAGAAUUCUAUGGAACAUGGUGUGCUUCCUGCAAAGCACUAUUUCCCAAGCUCUGCAGAAUUGCCCAGGAGAACCCCGAAAUCAUGUUUCUGAAAGUGAAUUUUGAUGCAAAUAAGCCAAUGUGCAAGGCUUUGAAUGUAAAAGUCCUUCCAUAUUUCCAUUUCUAUCGCGGAGCUGAUGGACAACUAGAGUCCUUCUCUUGCUCACUGGCCAAAUUUCAGAAGAUAAAAGAUGCAAUACAAUUACAUAACACAGCCCGUUGCAGUAUUGGCCCGCCAAUAGGAGUGGGAGAUCUCACUCUUGAACUCCUUUCUGGGACCAAGUGAUAUACCUGCAGCAGCUUCUGCGUAGAACUGCUUACGUGUUUCAUCUCUGUAUCAAUAGCUUGCACUCGAAUAGCCACGUAACCCAUCUGUAUCUGUGAUGGAAACUAUAUAGUCAUUUUUCAUUGUUGGUUGCUACAUUUUGCGCCAUUCUAGGUAAUGAUGUAGUAAUAUACUCCAUUCUUUGAGACGAUUGUGGUAGUAAUACUUGCAGCAUAUAUAGAUGGAAUUUUGUUCAUUAAUUAUGUGGAAAAAGUGAGUCGAAAACACUACUUCCUGUCAUUUGUGAUACUUCUCAAUCUGUACUCAUGGUAUAAUGAUACACUGUUACCUUUAUUUCCUCUUUGAUAGUA